CACAAAUGAUGGACAGGGAAUUCAAGAAGGAAGUGGUGUAAUGGUAGGCUGAUAUAGCUUGUUGAGUGUUUCCCGGAAGAGGGUGGCACUUCGAUGACGUGACGUCAUUGAUCGCGUAGACCGUUCCUUUCUACGUCCAGACGCGCCGCUCAAGUCCGGGACCAGUCAUGGCGUCAGGCCUAACCGCUGGUGUUGUUGUGUUCCUGUGUCUGGUUCUCGUUCCUGUCGUGUCCGCUGAUGACAGGGAUUGUUUAGCCUACAGAGACAGAGCCGACUUUUACCAUCACAGGAAGGCAUGCCGUCUCUUUUGCUGUGGAACCUGCGAAUUCAGAUACUGCUGCUCUGAUACCUUCAAGAUUUUGACUGAGGACGACCAAGAGAAUUGCAAAGCAAUCAUUUCCCCAGCCUUUGAAACGAUUGAUUCGUCGGUGCCCAUCGUCUUGGUUGUUUGCGGAGUCAUCACCGUGAUUCUGAUCCUCAUCUGCUGCUGCGUGUGUCCCUGCUGCUUCAUCUACAAGAAUUGCAGAAAACCACAACCCGUGAUAGCCACCACCCGCACCACGGUGACCACGUCUCGGCCGUACCCUCUGCAACAGGCCUCUGCUGUGCCCUCCCCUGCCCAGGGUGCACCGUAUCCAACCUACUAUCACAUGCCAGUCCAGCCUGGAAUGGGAUUAGGACCAAUGAUGUACCAAGGUCAGCAGCCAGCUGUACAUGGACCGCCCCCUUCAUAUCAGGAAGCCACAUUCCAACCGGGCCACCAGAUGUACCCCGUGCAGCCCAACGCUUCCAGCUCCAGUGACUUCUCAGCACAGCCAGCGUACAACCCUGACUUUGUGCCACUGUCCAAGACUGGAUGAGCUCUGCUGUCGCUUCCACCUGCUGUGGUCCUAUGACACUCUCAGACUGAUGUGGAAUCUGUGUGUUGAUCAGUUAUUUUAUGUAGAGCAUGUGUUCUAUUAUUGAGAUGCUAAGCAAGAAUUUUGGGUUCCAACCACUUGGACUGGUCUGCUCCAUCUCUUUCUUGCACGCAACUGUGUGAAUUCAAACUAAAUGGCAUAUUUUUGUUGCUGCUGUGAUUCAUGACCUGUCAAAGGCCAUCAAACAUGUGGGGACAGUGAAGCUCAGUUGAUAGGUAGGGUGACUCAGGUUAGUGAGCUGAUCAUGUGAGCCCACCAAAAAGGGAACCUCCAACACGCUAACUGCUCAGAUAUCUAUUUUAACUUUUCUAAUUUUCGCUCGUUCUAUUCAUGUCUCUCGGCACACGGCAGCUUCGAAUGAUUCACCCAAAAUGCAUAUUUUUGUCUGAUAUGCCUUCACCCAAGCUUUUACACAUCCUCAUGUGCCUUCGGAGCUUGAUGAAGUAAUAUGUAUAUAUUACUUUAUCUGCCUUUACAUUCUUUUGGAAUAUGCUUUCAAUUCAUUAUUACAUUUGAGAGUCUUUAGAAAGUAUUUGUGACUUGUUUCAAAGUGUCAUUUGCUCAUGUGCCAUUCUGUCUUUGACAGAAAACUCUUCAGACUUUCACCUCUAAAGCGAAUUACAGCUUGACCUGUCCACUCAUUUCACUGACUUGUUACGUUCUGCCGAUGUAUCAGAACAAUGAACGAUUGUUCAACUUCCUCUUAAGCCGUUGUGUUCGGUGUUCUACUCAGGCCCAGUGUUAAUGUUCCUGUGUUGCGUUCAAGGCUAGUGAAUAUUUAUUGAAUAGAAGAUACACAAUUCUUCCCUGGCCUACUGUCUUGUAUUUGAAGCUGACGCUGUGUGAGAUGUUCCCAACUUUCAUUUCCUUAAAAGCCUUAAAAUGUGUCUUUCAAUAAAAAGAAAAAUGUUUUUCACAAGGUUCUUUUUUUCAAGCAGACUUUAAAGCCCUGGCUGUACAGAGGUGUUGGACAUCAACAUGGACUUGUGUUUGUGUUACAGUC